CCGGGCCCCGCCAGCCGGAGCGCUCCGAGGUACAGAAAAGAUCUUGCUUGACAGGGUGGCUGGAGCAGUGGCAGACUCAAAUCCAGGCCAACUGUAUGACUGUCUGAGGUGUUGGAACAGAAGGAGGUCCAUUCCUGUUGGUGACAACACUGUGGCCCUGUUCUGGGAUGAGCGAGGUAUAAAGGUUUCCCUCAAGAAAGAGCAGCUGAGUCCUUGCAUCUUGUGGCAGCUGGUGUUCCCAGCACUGAGUCCGUCGGAGCUGAAGCCAGCCCGGCCCCCUCUCAUGGGCAGCGCCCACCUGUAUUGAGGUCCUGCAGCGGUGGCAGUGUGAGGAGCUGUGAAGUUGGUUGUAACUGAAAAUGUCUGACGGUCUGGAUAAUGAAGAGAAACCCCCAGCUCCCCCACUGAGGAUGAAUAGUAACAACCGGGAUUCUUCAGCACUCAACCACAGCUCCAAACCACUUCCCAUGGCCCCUGAAGAGAAGAAUAAGAAAGCCAGGCUUCGCUCUAUCUUCCCAGGAGGAGGGGAUAAAACCAAUAAGAAGAAAGAGAAAGAGCGCCCAGAGAUCUCUCUUCCUUCAGACUUUGAGCAUACGAUUCAUGUGGGGUUUGAUGCAGUCACCGGGGAAUUCACUCCAGAUCUCUAUGGCUCACAGAUGUGCCCAGGGAAGCUCCCAGAGGGAAUUCCUGAGCAAUGGGCACGAUUACUCCAAACCUCCAACAUAACAAAACUGGAACAGAAAAAGAACCCACAAGCUGUUCUAGAUGUUCUCAAAUUCUAUGAUUCCAAAGAAACAGUCAACAACCAGAAAUACAUGAGCUUUACAUCAGGAGAUAAAAGCGCACAUGGAUACAUAGCAGCCCACGCUUCGAGUACAAAGACAGCAUCUGAGCCUCCUUUGGCUCCUCCUGUGUCUGAAGAAGAAGAUGAGGAAGAGGAAGAAGAGGAAGAUGACAAUGAGCCCCCACCUGUUAUUGCACCAAGACCAGAACAUACAAAAUCAAUCUAUACUCGUUCUGUGGUUGAAUCCAUUGCUUCACCAGCAGCACCAAAUAAAGAGGUCACACUACCUUCUGCUGAGAAUGCCAAUUCCAGUACUUUGUAUAGGAACACAGAUCGGCAAAGGAAAAAAUCCAAGAUGACAGAUGAGGAGAUCCUAGAGAAGCUAAGAAGCAUUGUGAGUGUUGGGGACCCAAAGAAAAAAUACACAAGAUUUGAAAAAAUUGGUCAAGGGGCAUCAGGUACUGUUUAUACAGCGCUAGACAUUGCAACAGGACAAGAGGUUGCCAUAAAGCAGAUGAACCUUCAACAGCAACCCAAAAAAGAAUUAAUUAUUAAUGAAAUUCUGGUCAUGAGGGAAAAUAAGAACCCCAAUAUUGUUAAUUAUUUAGAUAGCUACUUAGUGGGUGAUGAACUAUGGGUGGUUAUGGAAUACUUGGCUGGUGGCUCUUUGACUGAUGUGGUCACGGAGACCUGUAUGGAUGAAGGACAGAUAGCAGCUGUCUGCAGAGAGUGCCUCCAAGCUUUGGAUUUCCUGCACUCAAACCAAGUGAUCCAUAGAGACAUAAAGAGUGACAACAUUCUCCUUGGGAUGGACGGCUCUGUUAAAUUGACUGAUUUUGGGUUCUGUGCCCAGAUCACUCCUGAGCAAAGUAAACGAAGUACUAUGGUGGGAACUCCCUACUGGAUGGCACCUGAGGUGGUGACUCGAAAAGCUUAUGGUCCGAAAGUUGAUAUCUGGUCUCUGGGAAUUAUGGCAAUUGAAAUGGUGGAAGGUGAACCCCCUUACCUUAAUGAAAAUCCACUCAGGGCAUUAUAUCUGAUAGCCACUAAUGGAACCCCAGAGCUCCAGAAUCCCGAGAGACUGUCAGCUGUAUUCCGUGACUUUUUAAAUCGCUGUCUUGAGAUGGAUGUGGAUAGGCGAGGAUCUGCCAAGGAGCUUUUGCAGCAUCCAUUUUUAAAAUUAGCCAAGCCUCUCUCCAGCCUGACUCCUCUGAUUAUCGCUGCAAAGGAAGCGAUUAAGAACAGCAGCCGCUAGGACUGCCAGCCUUACCCCUCACCGUCUCCCUCACGAGUAAGACUGAAAUAAAACUCUGCUGCAGGAAAGAUGGAAGAAAAGACAGUCAAAUGGGGUGGGGGUUCUUUAAUUUUCAAAUGAAUAGAAACUUCUUAUAAGCCUUUUUCCUACUCCCUCAGAUUAUGUAAUUUAUUUGUAAGCCUGAAUCGCAGCCCAAACAGGGCAGCAAUGUCGAAGUGGCCAUAAAGUGGUCACUUCCACCGUGAAGCGAAAGAGCCAGUAGUGAAUCCCCUCAUUUUGUGCAUUCACUUUGAAGAAAAAGUUUUCUCAAAGAUGCACUCUUCCUCUUCAUAGUGUUGUGUUUGUUUUUAAGUUAGAGAGUAGUCCCUCUUGCAUUCGAACCUCCUUCAAAACUCCUUACCCAAUGUGAUUUUUUCACUUACAUUGUCAUUAGAUGUCCAGAAAAAAGAUGUCAAAAUGUUUUUUUAUAAAAAGACAGCAAAAAAAGAAAAGCAAAAAAAAACCCAAAAAACAAAAAUCAAACAAAAAAACAAGAACAAGUACUGUGUGAACAUGUGGAAGUCCAUGCCCUAAUAGAGUUGCAAUUUUUUAUUCUUCUUCUGUAGUGGUGGUCUGGUUUGUGUACCUAUUUUUCUUCAUGAGUAUUGGAAAAGGUUUCUUUUAAGACAUUUUCCAAAAGCAGAGAGGAAUAUGUGUGUUCGGGAAGGGCUUUUAAAACUGCAUAUUUAAGUAAAGCUCAAAUGGUGAAAUCCUGUCACAUUUUCACAAUGAUGCUUAAGAGGUAGUUGACUUAUUUAUGUAAACCAGCAUGUUAAUCUUCAUGAUAUCUGAAAAAGGACACACUGAAACCAUAGCAUCCCCGUUGGGUGAGUCCAGAUCCUGAACCUAGGAAAUCUUGAUAGAAGAAACUGUGUUUAAACAAAGAUGGGACUUUCUCUGAGAGCCAAAAGGAAAACAAGACAUAUAUAAUACUAAAAUCCUUGUUGGACAUUAAGUAAACAAAGAUAAAGAUACCUAAUUUAAUCCUCUCUUGUGCUUGUGGAACACAUGCACUGUAAAAUAGGCACAUCAGGAGGAAAUAGAUCCAUUAACCAGCAUUUCCUUAUGAUAAAAUUAUUUAUUUUGACAAUUUGUAGCAUUUAAAAAGUUUUUCAAAAGAUCUGGAAAACAGAGAUUUGAUAAGCCUUCAAUCCUGUAAGAAAUAGGAGGUCAGUGAAAACUACAUCCUAAUCAACAUUUGGCUCUAAGUACUUGUUCCCAUUUUCCUACGUGUCACCAAUUUCCGUUUCAGGAUAUGGUGUGUUCAUGCUUAGAUCCAUUGGCUUCUGAAUUCCAAAAGCUAUUCAAAAAGAUCUUGAAAUUCUCUAGUGAAAAUAAUUUUGGUAUGCAAUCAUAUAUCCCAAGAAAUGUCAGUCCAACUGAAUUCCUUUUGUGGCUUGGGGAAAAUACCAAAAUUUGAUGAUUCUUUCACCAUAUAUUAACUAAAAAUUCAAGAGUUGGCACUUCCUGAAUCUUUUGAGAGCAGAAAAAUAUCUGGAGGGUGUCUGCAUAGAAAAGUAUAUGCUUCUCUUUUGAGUGUAUUGUUAAUUUUAUCAAUUCUGGAAAAUUGUUUCUCUAAACCUUUGAAAAGCUAACAAUUUGUGCUAUAGAAGGCUUCUUGAUUUGUAGUAUGGAAUCUGAAUAGAACCUAUCUACAUUUAGUAAAAGAGGGAAAGAGAUCCAUGACAUAGGCUUUUCUCUUUCUCUGCUGAGGUACAUCCAUCCAUCUAACCAUCCAUCCAUCCAUUCCUUAAAAUGAAAGCAUUUUCCUUAGAGUUUUCUGCUAACCAUAUAGUGUACAUGUUUAUGUUUAGGAGAUGAUGCCACUGGUAGAUUUCCUAUUUUCCUAUUGUUUUCUUUGACUAUAAUAGUUGGAAGGGGCUUACCCCCCCCCCACCUCCACCCUGGGAAUAUCCACAGUGGGAUAAAACAACAAAUGUGAAAAGAAAAUCAAAUGGUAAUAUUAAUUUGAAGCAUACUGUGUUAUACUUUGCAAAAAGGUAUCUGGGCCCGAAAUCUUUAAUGCCACACUGCUCUAAUGAGAGUGACAGAGGCCUUAAUUUUUAUUUUAUUUAAAAUUAAGGUUAUUUGGUUUUUGGUUUGGUUUUGCUGUUUUGUUUUGUUUUUAUCACUCAUAGUGCCAGAGAAUUCAAUGAAAUACCUGGGAUGCAAAUAAAAUUCACUAACUUGAUGACUAUGCCCCGCCAGUAGAGAGAGCCCUAAACCUGGCUGGGAAGCCCUAGUCAUCAGUUAGCAUCCCUUAAAUGUUGUAAAGGCCUUUUGUUGUUAUUUUGGAGACCCUGGAACAGUGAUCCUUCAGAUCACUGUAGGCAGAGAAAUGGCUGCUCUUUUAUGCUUUCUGUUCAGCAUUUUAAUGAGGAGUCAGGUACUUCUUUACCACCAUUUUGUACCAAGAUUUGAUAAUACCUCCCAGUAGGCAUUACUCUUACAAAUUUAUAUCUAUGUGAAUUUUCAAAUGAGAACAGCUUCUAAAGCCCCUUCCCUGUGUUGGAGAGUUAUGUAUAUUUCUAAUAAGUAUUUAGAGAGAAGCUAUUUCUUGUGCCAAAUUGAUGCUGAAGGAUUCACAUUUGGUACACUUGAACAACUUGGACUCCAGAUAGUUAAUAGUUUAUUCCCAUUCCUUGGAUUUCUUUUUUAGCUCAUCUUGACACAGGUGAGUCUAUCCAGAUCUUUAAUGUUGCUAGUGUGCCCUGAAAUAAUGAGGGCACAUUGUUGAAUGUUGAUUCCAAAAUGUCCUGAGAGAGGAGUAGGGCAGUGGGAAAGUCAGGGAAGGGUGAGAAGCACAGUAGAGAUUAUUUAUUUAAGAAAGAAAAGAACAUUAAUGUUGUAGCAAGGAUCCGGUGCGUUGUCAUAAUCCCAUGAGGAUUUUUGGAUGACACAAUCCCCUCAAAUCAGUCACCAUGUUGGGUAAUGACUUCGUUCUUACUGAUCUCGUCUACGUGUCAUUGUAAAUAUUUGUGUGUCCAUGUUUCAUUUUGGCUACUGGAUGGCCAAAUCAUGUAAGAAGAUUUAACUCAAGUAUUUAUUCUUUGUGUUAUUCAGAUUUCUUUCAGGCUUGUGAAUUGCACCUCAACGUUUGAGUUUAAUCACCUGAUCCUUACGUCUAUCCCUCCCCAGUGAAGCACAUUCCAUUGCUAAAAGAGAAAGAAAUAUGAAAUUGCUUCCUGUUGUCUGUAUAACUGUUUUGAUAGUUUGAGAUGUUUGUCUAUAAAGGAUAUUUCUCAGCUCAAAGAUCGUGUAAAUAAUUAUAUUCCUUUGCUCAAUGGGUUAUUUAUUUCUAACGAGGCUGCCAGUUCUCAGAGAGAUUCUAUAAAAUCACUUUUAAAUAACAAACAGGGAUUACAACUAUGUAAAAAUAAGUGUGCAUAUGGACAAAGACUGGGAACACAGAUAAUUGAAAUCAGUUGUUAGGGUGGCGGGAUCAUGUGAAAAAUUUUUUCUUUAUAAAUUUUCUUUGAUGUUGUUAUAAUAUUGCUUUAUAAUAAAUAAACAUCAGAAAGGGAACUAUAGAAACAUAGAAAAGACGCCAGAAGCAGAUGCCUCUGGCCAGAGCCCAGAGCAUGCAGGGCACAGAUAUUUGCUAGUUACAAUUAUUCCAUAGGCUUUAUACUUGCCUGGGUGCUGAAGUUUGCACACACUCGGGUAUGGCACGUGCUUUCUUAGGAGACUAUUAUCUAUAAAUUAAAGCUAGGGAGAUGUCACUAUUAGAACUCCAAACACAUCCUUCUGCUUUAAAACAAGCUACCCUCCACUUUGGUAUGGCAUCUGGGUGUCUGUUUUGGUUACUUUAGAUUGGAGGGGUGACCAUUUAAUUAGCCCCUUUGAUAACAUCUGUUUCAGGUAUCACCUUUCUGGAUUGUUUUAGCAAGUUUUCAGGUUGAAUUUUGGAGUAAUAAAAGGCUAAAAUCCCCAGCUCCCACCAUUUCCUUGUCCAUCAGGAUAUUAUAUCAUUCAGGUAGGAUUCUUCUUAUAAUGACCAAUAGGCAAGUCCUGCUGAUUUCAAUAGCAGUUAUGAUUUGCAAUUAAAAGCUGACUCAAAUCAUUAAGACAAAUAUUUAGUACUGUCUCUGACUGUUGGCAUUCAGUUCGUAGUCCUGUUAAUUUUGGCUUCAGAUGGUCUCUAUGUGUUUUUGUACUGCCUAAUUAUAGGAUAUAUGCAGUAGUGAUUUUUAAAGAGAGAAGGAGACCAUCUACCAAAAGAAAGGAAUUUUGUUCUAACUCACCAAAGAAAUUUUAGGUGAGGACUUUAAUAAUGAGGUAGUGGCUUCAGAUAUGUAACUCAGUUUCACCGAAAGCAGACCUUAUACCUAGAGAACUCAUAGGCUUUUCAUUAGCUGUUCUCAAUGUAAAAAUGCUUAUGGAAGUCUUAGUCCUGCCAUCCCUCAUUGAAUCUCCUGGUCCUUUUCUGAGCUACUUGCAGUUAAUAUUCAGUUAAACAAAGGCAUGGCUGGUGUUGCAAGCACCUGCCAGUCUCUGAGCAAAAGGACUGACGUUCAGCAUUUGUAAACUGACAGUCUCAUGGGCUUGGGAUUUUGAGUGAACUUAACACACAGUUCUGAACAUAUAUGUGCAUGUGGCUUGGGAAGGAAAUAAAUGGGACCUUGGAAAUAAUGGAAAUAUUUUUCCUAUGAAAGAAUUUUCCAUAAAAGAUUUGUUUCUAAUAUAAUUUUUCUGUUGGUUAGCUUUUAUUUUUUCACUCCUUUUCUGAUCCACACUCCUUUAGUAACCAAAUGAAUAUAAUGCAACUUCUCAUGCAUUGAGAAUAUCUGUUGAAUAUUAAACAAUGUCUAACCGAAUCUGCGAAUGCGGGAACUGAGAAGUCACCUUCACAUGCACACCUCUGUGUGCAAGUAUACUAUUAAACUUGUAGCAUUUACUGCCACUUAAUUUAGUUGAACUUGAAAAAUAAACUUAUAGAAGCUGGUUAGUGGCAUCAGAGUCUCCUUUGGAAGCUGCCAUCACGUGAAUGCUAUCCCAUAAUACCAGCAGUAAGGCAGGUACCAUGUUUACUUGAUUUAUUACAUAAGAGGAAAUCAACAGCAAUUAUAGAUUAAUGAGUCAGAUGUAGUGGAAGAAAUACUAGCCUAGGAAGAAGGAGAGCUGAAUUCUCAUAUGUACUUUAUUACUAACUUGCUGUGUGAACUUGGGCAAGUCAUUUAACCUUUCCAUGGAUGUUUCCUCAUCUAUAAAAUAAGGGUAUUGGACUAGAUGAUCUCCGAGGUCUUUACAAAGGCUGUAACAUUCUAUGGUAUUAUAAAUUUCCUUGCAAAUUCAACCUGCUGAAGUGAUGGCAAAUAUCACAUAUCUAAGCCUGGGUCUCUUAUGCUUCAGUUAAAUGAUACAACUACAUAAGGUGAUGAAAAAACUCAAGUAAAUGAAGUUAAUAAUACUAAAAAAUGUUGUUGAAACUUGUGGCAGCCUUCCAAUUCAUUGACAGCUGUUUUGUUUUGUUUUUGUUUUAAUGGCCUUUUUCUGUGAGUGUUCCCAGUUUCAUUUUCCGUACAUUCUGUAAGUAAAGUGUGGUUUACAUUAAGCUGUGGCCAGUAUUUACUACUAGAACAGAAAUACACUGUCACACUUGCUAGAAUAGAGCUGUACUUGGGCCUCUUUUUUCCUAUGAAGCAGUGUUGGGUUUCAUAGAGUUUAAUUUGUAAAUGGCACAAGAUGGCAGAACCCAUGCAUUUUAAUGGCUGGGACUACUAAAAGUGGACGUAAGCACCUACAAGUUGCAGAGAGAGAAAUGAACACAUAAUUACAUGCUAUUAGCAUUAAGGGUUGUUGACAAAUUCACUUGUUGGGAUCCAAAGAUAGCAUUUCUAAUGACAACUCCCACAGUGAUUGGCCAGUUGUAUGUAUAUGCUGUUGGAAAGAGGGUAAACUGGAAGUUAGUUGGUGGACACCUGCAGAAGAGUGCCAACCAGCCCUGAGUGCAAAAUUCAAGUUCAACGUGUGUGCCUGUGUGUGGUGUGUUAAUCGACCCGCAUAUACUAUAUACAUUGGUGAUGAUAAGAUCUUUCACAGAAUCCUAUAACCAUUGAUGGGUUGAGUUUUAAAUCUCAGUACAUCAGUCAAGAGGAGUCAGAUCACAAGGAAACUGAUGUCUACUGGGAUUAUACUCAUAAUAUCCAGACAAAACAAGUUGAGGAGGAUCUACAUUUUCAUUGUUUAUCAGAAUUGUAUCUCAUUUGGCUGUGCAUUACUUUCGUCAAAAUGUGUUAUCUGUAAACCCAUGUGUAGUGAAAUUCUUCUGUAACUUUGGAUUAAAGAUAUUUAUAGUCUUUCUGUUUGUUUGACUUUUAAGUAAGUUAUUUCUUUUCUAGACCUGCUGACGGUAUGGUUCCAUCUUUCUGACCUCAGCAUCUAUCUUUUAAAGAAUUUUUGUUUCCAAUAUUGUUAUUUUUAAUUGUGGUUGAAGCAAUAGAAAAUUGAAAUAUGGAUUGUGCAUGACUGUGUCUUGAGUGUAAAAAUAUUGCAGUUUGAAACUUGGACCUAAAGUAUUGCAAAUAAAAAUGACAAACAUCAA